UCAAAACAUCCAAAUAUCGUCCUCCCUCUUUCACAUCAUUCAUCAAUCACACACGGACUCACCUUAUCCUCUCUUAGAUCUGAAACAAACAAUAAUGGAGAAAUCCGGGUACGGCAGAGACGGCAUUUACCGAUCACUCCGUCCUCCCCUCGUCCUCCCCAAAGACCCCAACACCUCCUUAGUCUCUUUCCUCUUCCGCAACUCCUCCUCUUACCCUUCAAAACCCGCCAUCAUCGACUCCGACACCAACCACUCCCUAACCUUCUCCCAGCUCAAAUCCUCCGUCUCCAGACUCGCCCACGGCUUCCUCCGCCUCGGCAUCCGCCAAAACGACGUCGUCCUGAUCUUCGCCCCCAACUCCCACCACUUCCCUCUCUGCUUCCUCGCCGUCUCCGCCGUCGGAGCCGUUUUCACCACCGCGAAUCCUCUCUACACCACCGCCGAGCUCUCCAAGCAGAUCAAAGACUCCAACCCCAAGCUCAUCAUCUCCGUCGACCACCUCUUCGAUAAAGUCAAAGACUUUAACCUCCCCGUGGUCCUCCUCGGCUCAUCAUCCUCCUCCUCCCUAAAGACCCUCACUUUCGAGAACGUCAUGGAUCUCUCCGACCCGGGUUCGAAUCUCCCCGUCGUCGAGAUCAAACAAUCCGACACAGCCGCGCUCUUGUACUCCUCGGGAACCACGGGGAUAAGCAAAGGCGUGGAGCUGACUCACGGGAACUUCAUCGCGGCGGCUCUGAUGGUGACGAUGGAUCAGGAUCUCAUGGGGGAGUAUCACGGCGUGUUCCUCUGUUUUCUUCCCAUGUUCCAUGUGUUCGGUCUCGCUGUGAUUGCUUACUCGCAGCUUCAGAGAGGGAGCGCUUUGGUCUCUAUGGCGAGGUUUGAGCUUGAGUUGGUGCUUAGGAAUAUCGAGAGGUAUAGGGUGACGCAGCUUUGGGUUGUUCCUCCUGUGUUCCUUGCGCUUGCUAAGCAGAGUGUUGUGAAGAAGUAUGAUCUUUCUUCGCUUAAGUAUAUUGGAUCCGGAGCUGCUCCUCUUGGGAAGGAUUUGAUGGAGGAGUGUGGAAAAAACAUCCCUAAUGUUGUCCUCAUGCAGGGCUAUGGAAUGACUGAAACGUGUGGGAUAGUCUCUGUGGAGGACCCGAGGCUCGGUAAAAGGAACUCUGGUUCAGCUGGAAUGCUUGCUCCUGGUAUUGAAGCUCAGAUAGUGAGUGUAGAAUCUGGAAAGCCUCAGCCUCCUAAUCAACAAGGCGAGAUAUGGGUUCGAGGCCCCAACAUGAUGAAAGGUUAUAUCAAUAACCCUCAAGCUACUAAAGAAACAAUAGAUAAGAAAGGUUGGGUACAUACAGGAGACCUUGGUUACUUCAACGAAGAUGGUAACCUUUUUGUCGUUGAUCGACUCAAAGAACUUAUCAAAUACAAAGGCUUCCAGGUUGCUCCAGCUGAACUAGAAGGUCUACUUGUAUCUCAUCCAGAGAUACUAGAUGCUGUCGUUAUCCCGUUACCCGACGAAGAAGCAGGUGAAGUUCCAAUAGCAUUUGUUGUACGGUCACCAAAUAGCUCAAUAACGGAGGAAGAUAUUCAAAAGUUCAUAGCCAAACAGGUCGCUCCUUACAAAAGAUUAAGGAGAGUGAGCUUCAUUAGCACUGUUCCAAAGUCUGCUGCUGGUAAAAUAUUGAGAAGGGAACUUGUUCAGCAAGUAAGAUCCAAGAUGUGAAGGAUCUUUUACUACUGGAGACAGAGAUCAGAAUCAGCUCUCUCUGGGUUGUCUUUUUCAUUUCACCUUCUUAUGUACCAUUUCGAAUUAAACAGUAAACAAACCAUACAAUGUGAAGAGAAAUAAUCCAAAGACCAAAGGUCAUAUACAUACACAAUGUUCUUUCUU